CAGCCACGAUCAGUGCUGUCCUUGUAUUAAGGGAUGUGUUUCCCUCUGGCGUGUUGUGUGUGGAUGCUUCUGUCUUUUAAUUUUGCUUUUGGCGAUGAGAUGUACACAGCAGUAAAUGCCCUUACAACUCUGUACUACCAUCAAGAAGAUUCUGCAAAUAUCAGCUGCAGCUCUUUACCAUCAAAUGAACUUGAUAUAUUCACAGUGAAACUUGAAAAAAAUAACAAACCAUUGUGUUCAUUCAUUCGUAUAACCAUGGAGUUAUGGAAAUAUCAAUCUUGUGAUUAUCAUAUCAGAUUUAUUUUGAUUCCAGAGACUAAUGAAAUAUUUUUUGGGCUAUCAAAUCUUCAAAUAACUGAUUCUGGCACAUAUAGCUGUACAGUCAGGAGAUUGACGCCACCACCUGAAACGAUUCUGUGGGAAGAAAUAACAAAAGUCAAUGUUAUUGUGCCUCCUGUAUUGUCCUGUGUGAAGAGGCCUAAUAGAUCACCCACGAUUAUAUGCAGUGCUGAGGGAUUUUACCCCGCUGCUCUUGAACAGCAGUGGAUGAGAGAUGGAGAAAUCAUCAACAGUUCAUACUCGCACAAGGAUGAGAAUUACAGCACAAAUCCAAGUGGAUCAUUAACUCAGAUGUUUUAUCAGGAGUUACCAUCACAGAUGUUUGAAACAAUCUUCUCCUGCUGGGUCAACCACUCAUCCCUAAACGAACCGCUCUCCGCCAAUUUAUCCAGCUCUGUCUGUUACGAUCAAAGGGGAAGAGCACAACCACAGUCUUCUGUUGAAGUUAGUGUCACACCUGAGACUGUUUUCCAGUCUGUCCUCCAAUCUGAUGUAGUUUAUUCAUCGUUGGGCGAUCAUCAUCCAGUCCCAUGCAGCCGCAGCCCUAGUGUCAACUGGUCACCUCUAAACACAGAUUAA